AAAAUUUAAAAUUCUAUCCGUUGGAGGACAACGGUAACCCAGAUAAUCGAUUGUCAACAAGUGAUAAUCGAUUAUUGGUCCUCUCUGAAGAUUCUGGGUUUUGGCUGCAAGGCUGAUAAUCGAUUAUUGCAAAUAUGAUAAUCGAUUAUUUAGUGCUUCAGAACUUGGAAGUUCAAAGCUGCAGUGGCUGAUAGUCGAUUGUCACUAAGUUUUCUUUUCAUGGGCAAGGACAAGAGCAGGGCUGCCAUCUCCGGGAAAUCAAAGUCCAAAUCCCGGGCGCCUACGACAUCGACCGAGGAACGCCUCUACUAUGGUGACGGGUCAUACCUUUGGUUUGAUUCCGAGGAGGAACACAUCCGUUUCCUCACCUUCUUCUCUAAACGGGUUGUGGCUCCUCCACGGAUCAUCCCGGAGAGCUACCCGGAGCUGCAGGGCUACGACGACCUCGACGUGCAGCUUCAUCAGGCCGGCCUUUGGCCUUUCGUCUCCCGGGCUCGAAAGGAGAUCAACCCGGCGCUGAUUCGGGUCUUCUACUCCAACCUCCGGCGUGAGGGUAACGGCCUUAUCCUCAACGAGCUUGGCAUCACCGAGCUCAUCCGCCAUGCCUCGGGCCGCCCCACCAUCCACUCCGCUAACCCCGAAGGCCGUCUUCUUCUCUACAUCGUGUCCCGAAUCAUCAAGCCCCGGAAGCAUGGCCACACAAUCAUGUCCGGUGAGGACCUCAAACUCAUCCAUGCGAUCGUGCACUCGGCCCCAAUCAAUUGGGCAAAGUUUGUCAUGAUCAACAUGACGAUUUCCGCGUCCACCGACCACGAUCACCUCCUCCCGUACCCGUUCGUGGUGAUGGACAUCCUUGAACAGUUCAAGGUGACCACCACCGUUGGCCCACUCACAAAGGCCAUGAAGAUUUGGGCGAUCAGCACCCAAACCUUCAAGAAGCGGUCGGACAACGCUGGACCUGCCACUGCCGUGCCACGGCCCCGUUCUGCUGCUGGCCCAGCCGAACCCCAGGCCCGAGCCAACCUUGCCUCCAUUGCUGACUCCCUCAACCAGCUGCACUUCAAAGUUGAUGGGAUGGAUGGCUACCUUGAAAGACUUGACAAGGCGGUCCAACGCCAAGGGUACGCCAUGAACGCGUACUUCCAACGCGUUAACUACGUCCCCCCACCGUACCAUGGCACGUUCUUUGGCGAUGUAGGCUUCCCUACAGCGCUGUCCAACCUAAGCCAAAGAUAUUGUGCAUUGGCAGAAAGUUUUUGGACAGCGAUGUUGACCCAGAAACAGCGCUAUCAGGCCAAACUUCCAUCUUCAAAGGCAGACCUAAACAGCGAUGUUCUAGUAUGGAACAUCGAUGUAGAGACCUGACCGUUGGAAGGAAUUUAAGGCUAAAACUUUCCUUGUUUGGAAGUCAACAACGAAAACAGCGAUGUAAGGUUUUUAGACAUCGCUGUUGGCAUGACCGUUGCUUCCCAUUUUUCAAAACGCAAGCCUAGAACAGCGAUGUCCAAGCCUAGGACAGCGCUGUCUGGGUGAAUUUCAACAGAUCCAAAUUUCAUCAAAUCCCACAAAUUGUGCCAAUCACCUCUUAAAUACUUUGGUCCGUUGGAGCCUAUUUUUCUACUAUAAAAUGGGGUGUUUGGG